AUGGGUGUUGAAGAAAACUUACCUUUAUUAUCCAAACGAAAUCAUCCUCGUUACGAAAAUACAUAUCGUUUAGAAUCGAAAAAUCCAUUUCUACAUGAACCAGUUGAGAAUAUUAUUAGAACAAUUAUUAGUGCGAGAUUCAAUCGAAACUCACGUUAUAAUGCAAGUGAAGCACCACAAAUGGUUACGAAGUUAUCGCAAAAGAUUCGUGAAAAAGUUAAAGAAUUAAACUUUGAAAGAUAUCGUCUAAUUGUUUUAGUAUCAAUUUGUGAAAAUCAUGGACAAUCUGGUUUAGGUAUGAUGAAAUGUUUAUGGGAUCCCGAACGUGAUUCAUUUGCCUCUUACACGUUUGAGACUGAAUAUUUAAUAGUUUAUGGUGUUGUAAUUGGUAUUUAUUAUGAAUAAAACAU